AUGAUUAAUUUAAAAUAUCAAUAAUUUAGCGGUUUCAAAUUUGAAAUAACUAAUUAGAACAUUUGAAUCUUGUUUCAAAGAUACACAAAUCAGUUUGAAGAACAAUUAGAUUGAUAAGUUUAAGGAAAUCAUUUUGGUAUCAUUGAAAUAAAGAGUUGUUUAGAAAUAAUUUGGAAAAGGUGAACAAUCUUAAAAUAUUAUAGAUCUCCUCUUAAGCUAAAUUUAAGGACGUAAUUUAAGGUUAAAUAUUUAAUAAUGUAUUACUGAUGAUUUUGUCGAUUAAAUUGAAGACAAUAUAAAACAACUAUUCUUAGAAAUCAAAAAAAAAUAAAAUUGUUUUUAAUCAAGAAAUUUUCAAAUAGUUAAUAUUUCCAAAAAUUAAUCAAAUAAAUAUUUUACCGUAAUAUUAGAUAUUUAAAAAUAAGUUAUAAAACUAACAAUCAAUAACAUAAAAAUAGUUUCGAGAGUAUAUUCUGAAAUUUUUGGAGAUUUGUAAGUUAAUUUUUGA